AUGCCUGAUCAUUUGGGAUCGGAUAUGAGGCGCCCGAAGGCGGCGGAAUCUAAGGAAGAAAAAGAGAUCAAGACCUUGGACGAGGGAGAUAUUGCAUUGCUGAAAACUUACGGUCAAGUUCAGUACACGAAAGCCAUCAAGAAAACUGAAGACGACAUACAAGCAAUUAUCAAGCGAGUGAACGAGCUGACGGGAAUCAAGGAGUCAGACACUGGUUUGGCGCCUCCGGCAUUGUGGGAUCUGGCCGCGGAUAAGCAGGCUUUGCAGAAUGAACAGCCCUUACAAGUGGCUCGCUGCACGAAGAUCAUCAACUCUGACACGGAAGAUCCGAGAUACAUCAUCAACGUGAAGCAGUUCGCCAAGUUUGUCGUGGACCUGGCUGAUACGGUGGCGCCCACUGAUAUCGAAGAGGGGAUGCGUGUCGGAGUGGAUCGAAACAAGUACCAGAUUCAUAUCCCAUUGCCUCCUAAGAUCGAUCCGACGGUGACGAUGAUGCAGGUCGAGGAGAAACCCGAUGUAACUUAUUCCGACGUGGGUGGUUGCAAGGAGCAGAUUGAAAAAUUGCGAGAAGUUGUGGAAACACCUUUGCUUCAUCCGGAAAGAUUUGUUACUUUGGGUAUCGAGCCACCGAAGGGAGUGCUUCUUUUUGGACCACCGGGAACUGGGAAAACUCUCUGCGCUCGAGCAGUUGCGAAUCGAACCGAUGCAUGCUUCAUUCGAGUGAUUGGCUCAGAAUUGGUGCAGAAAUACGUGGGCGAAGGUGCUCGGAUGGUGCGCGAACUGUUUGAAAUGGCGCGGACAAAAAAAGCUUGUCUCAUAUUUUUUGACGAGAUUGACGCCAUCGGCGGUGCCAGAUUCGACGAUGGUGCUGGUGGGGAUAAUGAAGUACAGAGGACCAUGUUGGAACUGAUCAAUCAGUUGGACGGUUUCGAUCCCCGUGGGAACAUCAAGGUAUUGAUGGCAACGAAUAGACCCGAUACUUUGGAUCCUGCUCUCAUGCGACCUGGAAGAUUGGAUAGGAAAAUUGAAUUCAGUCUGCCAGACUUGGAAGGUCGAACGCACAUUUUCAAGAUUCACGCAAGGUCGAUGAGUGUCGAACGGGAUAUUCGUUUUGAACUGCUCGCCAGGCUCUGCCCCAACAGUACCGUGUUGGAAGAAGAAAGUGCGGAAAUUCGUUCGGUAUGUACCGAAGCUGGAAUGUUCGCGAUUCGCGCGAGGAGGAAGGUGGCUUCCGAGAAGGACUUUUUAGAAGCUGUGAACAAAGUCAUCAAAGCCUAUGCGAAGUUCAGCGCUACGCCGCGUUAUAUGACUUAUAAUUAAUGUGAAAGAUUCUCUGAAAUAUGAUGGUUUGAUUUCAAGUCUUGUUCUAUGAGGUGUAAAUCGAUGUUCCAAGAAGAAGGAAGCAACACAUAACUUUGUGAUCGCGACUUUUUCCUUUUUCCUGGGUUCCGGCUGGCGUUCGGGUUACCCCAUAGACCCACUUGGGCAUUCGCGGAAUCGUACGUUUUCAGCCCCCGAACAAAGUGUUGCUUGAUGCUGAUGCAAGAUAUUACAGUAAGUGUACGGUUCUGAUUCCCCAAACAUUUGGGUGAGGUGUUCACAGAAUAACUGCAUAGCGAGACAUUCGUAAAUCAUAGCGGUAAAAUACUCUUCCAUUUCCGUCAGAAAAAAUAUAUUUUUGGAGCUGAUUAGGUGUCACUGGUAGCCGAUAAUUUCGUCUUUCAACCCGUGUUCAAUCUGCUUCUCAGUUCCUUCGUGUGCGAGAUCGUUGCUAUGAUAGAAUGGUUUAAUGUUCCCUGUGGCAUGCGCACGAUGGGUUUGACAAUAAGUUUACGGCAUAAUUUUUCUUCUCUCUAAAGU